CACAAUCCUUGAAAGAAUUCCAAGCUCCUUGGUCUUUCAAUACAAAGAAAAAAACCAAACUCUUUCUUCAAAUAUGGCUCAAAAGCAACCCCACUUUCUCCUCGUGACCUACCCUGCUCAAGGUCACAUUAACCCCUCCCUCCAGUUCGCCAAGCGUCUUGUACGAAUUGGUGCUCGUGUCACCUUUACCACCAGCGUCUCCGCCCACCGCCGCAUGACCAAAUUCUCCACUCCCGAUGGCUUGUCGUUGUCUCCUUUUUCUGAUGGUUACGAUGAUGGGUUCAAUCCUAAAUAUCAUGACACCUCACACUACAUGUCAGAGAUCAAGCGUCGUGGCUCCCAAACUGUAGCGGAUCUCAUCCUCGCGAACGAAAAGGAUGGUCACCCUUUUACUUGCUUGGUUUACACUCUAGUCCUGCCUUGGGCCGCCGUGGUGGCUCGUCGACGUAACCUUCCUUCGGCGCUGCUUUGGAUCCAACCUGCCAUAGUUUUCGAUGUCUAUUACUAUUACUUUAACGGUUAUGGUGAUAUGAUCAAACAGCAUGCAAAAGAAAGCUCUAGUUUAAUAAAGUUACCAGGGCUAGCGUCACUCAGUAGCUGUGAUCUUCCUUCUUUUUUACUCCCUUCAAAUAAGUACCCUCAUGGAUUAGAUUUAUUCCAGGAGCAACUGGAGACUCUUAAUGAAGAAAGCAACCCAAUAAUACUUGUUAACACAUUCGAUGCAUUAGAAUCUGAUGCCUUAAUAGCUAUUGAUAAGUUCAACAUGAUACCUGUCGGACCAUUGAUUCCAUCAGCAUUUUUGGAUGGAAAGGACCCCUCUGAUACUUCAUCUGGAGCGGAUCUAUUCCGUGGUUCAAAUGAUUAUAUUGAAUGGCUACACUCAAAGCCCAAAUCAUCAGUAAUUUAUAUAUCGUUUGGAAGUUUGAUCGUACUGGAAAAGAAGCAGAUGGAGGAAAUCAAACUUGGGUUGCUCGCAAGCGGCCACCCGUUCUUGUGGGUCAUUAGAGAAAAUCAAAAUUCAGAGGAAGACAAAGAAGAAGAUAAAUUGAUGAGUUGUAGAGAAGAACUAGAGCAACAAGGGAUGAUAGUGCCCUGGUGUUCACAAGUAGAGGUGCUGUCAAACUCAGCGAUAGGAUGUUUUGUAACGCAUUGUGGAUGGAAUUCAACCCUGGAGAGCUUGGUGUGUGGUGUGCCGGUAGUGGCGUUUCCUCAAUGGACAGAUCAAGCGACAAACGCCAAACUGAUUGAAGAUAUUUGGAAGACUGGAGUAAGAGUGAGUAAGGACGAAGAAGGGAUAGUUAAAAGUGAUGAGAUUAAGAGGUGCUUGGAAUUGGUGAUGGGAGAAGGGGAGAGAAGGGAAGAAUUGAGAAAUAAUGCCAAGAAAUGGAGGAAUUUGGCAAGAGAAGCAGCCAAUGAAGGUGGGUCUUCAGAUACUAAUCUCAAGGCUUUUGUAAAUCUUGAGAUUUGAGAAUGUCGAAGUAAAAUUUUUAUUUUAUAUUUGUGUUAUUGGGUUGAAUCUCUGAUGACCAGAAUGUGCUAUCUUUGUUUUUACUUGGGAAAAGUACGGCUCAUGCGUGUUAAUUUAUCAGUUCAAGUUAAUCAUUAAGCCAAUGUAGAACAAAUAAAAGUUUAGGAGACCCCUUCUUAGCA